AUGCGCGGCAGAAGGUGUGUACAGAAGCCAAUUGGUAAGUCCCAGGGAGAAUUCCAGAUGCCGAAUUCGGUUGAAAAGGUUUUGGCAUUCACAAGGGUAGAGAAACGUCUUCGAGAAGUCAUCUAUCAUCUUCGAAUUGGGGGUAUCGCGGCCAUCCAUCAUGAUAAGCAUUCUCAAUCCUCAGUGAUCAAACUCCGUGAUCUCCUCGAGAUGCCUCCUACAACUGUUGUACAAGAGAGUAUAUCUUCCUUCCACAGAAGCCAGCGCUCUCUUUUGCAGGUUGCUACGUCUUAUAUAUGGCAAGGGGCAAUGAAACGUCCGUAA